AUGACCAUUACCUCGCAGCAGAUCAUUUUACCAACACGCUCGACGAGCGCAGGCGACAAAAAUUCGCCAAAGCCGCCGCCCAAGAUCUACAAUGUCAAGGACUUUCCUUUCAAGGGCUAUCAGCCCCCUCAGCCAGAAGGAUAUCAGCAGAGCAAAGCUUCCCCUAGCUCGAGCGCUAUCGUGAUUGACAACGGAUCACACACCGUCAAGGCCGGAUGGUCGUUUGAUAAAAACCCGCGAUUCGUGAUCCCCCCGGUGAUGAGCCGAUUUCGAGACCGGAAAUUGAACAAAGCUUGCCAAUUUAUCGGAUAUGAUGCUUAUGUCGAUGCCACGACGCGUGGCCAGCUGAAAUAUGCUUUUGACCCUGGCACCAGCGUUGUUGGCAACUGGGAAGUGAUGGAGGGCGUCUUGGAUUAUCUUUUUAUCAAAUUGGGAGUGGACGGCUCGGAAGGAAAUGUCGAUAGACCUAUUGUCAUGACCGAGCCUAUUGCAAACCUUGCGUACCCCCGAAAAAUGAUGAACGAAAUUCUUUUCGAUUGCUAUGGAGUCCCUUCUGUUGCAUACGGUGUCGACUCUCUUUUUUCAUACCGGUAUAACGGCGGGAAAGACGGCCUCAUCCUGUCAUCUUCACACACUUCUACACAUGUCAUUCCCGUGCUGAACUCGAAAGCCUUGCUCUCAAAUGCGUCGAGAUUGAAUUGGGGUGGUCUACAAGCUUCAGAAUACCUGUUGAAGUUAAUGCGACUCAAAUACCCUUCGUUCCCGGGUCGUAUGACGGAAUACCAAAUGGAGGAUUUGAUACACAAGCUGUGUUAUGUGUCGUUGGACUACAAUGAAGAGAUGACUCAUUUCCUAGAUUGGACAGGGCUCGAAGACCGUGAUUACGUUGUUCAGUACCCUUUCACCGAACAUGUUGUGGUUGAGAAGACCGAGGAAGAACUUGCCCGGAUAGCCGAACGAAAAAAGGAAAGCGGACGCCGGCUACAAGAGCAAGCCGCGAAAAUGCGAUUGGAGAAGUUGAUGAAAAAAGAGCAGGAACUCGAAUACUACAAGGACUUGCAACAAAAGUUAGCCCAACAAACGAAGAAAGAAGUUCGGCGAAUUCUAGAGAGCGAAGACAUGAAAGAUGAAGCGCAUCUGGAGCGGACAGUCAGGGAUCUUGAGCGCUCGAUUAAAAAAUCGAGAAACAAAGAUUUGGGCAACGAUGAAAAUGAAGAGAAUGGAGAGGAGGCUACUUUCCCGUUACUUGAGAUUCCAGACGAGGAACUCGACGAAGCAGGACUCAAAGAAAAGCGCCAUCAACGUCUGAUGAAAUCCAACGUGGAUGCGCGCCAACGCGCAAAGGCAGAGAAGGAACAGGAAAAAGCUCGCAUUGAAGAGGAGCAACGACUAGAUGAUGAACGACGUGAGAACGAUUUUGAAUCGUGGAUUGGAGAGAGGAGAACGGCUCGCCAAGCACUUCUCCAGAAGAUCAAGGACCGCGAUCGUCUCAAGGCCGAUCUUGGAAAUCGAAAAUCUCUCGCUAGUCAGAUGCGCAUGAAGACGCUGGCGAACCUUGCUUCUGAUGGACCCAAAAAGCGACGAAGGGGCGGCGAUGACGACACAUUUGGCGCUGACGAUGCUGACUGGGGUGUUUACCGGACAGUUGCUACGGGGGACCAAAGCGAUGACGAAGAGGAAGAAGAUAUGAAUGGCUCUCUAAAGACAUUAGAAGAGCAGCUGUUGAAAUACGAUCCAGACUUUACGGCCGAACAUACUCUAGACGCGCAGUCUGACUGGACGAAGAGUCUGGUGCACGCGUUCCUCCGUGGCCCGUGGCCGUUCGACCCGGAAAGCCAGCGUGAAGCGUAUCAGAUCCAUCUAAAUGUGGAAAGAAUCCGGGUGCCCGAAGUUGUCAUCCAGCCUUCCAUUGCCGGAGUCGACCAGGCGGGAGUGGUUGAAAUUGCUGCCGAUAUUCUUAACCAAAGGUUUACCGUUGACGAGGACCGCACGCGACUGCUCAAGGAUAUCUUCCUUACCGGCGGUAAUACGCUCUUCAAAGGCUUCGACGAGCGGCUGAGGACAGAACUACGGGGAUUCGUCCCCGUCGAUGCCAAGAUGUCGCUUCGGAGAGCUGCAGAUCCUGUGUUCGACGCCUGGAAAGGGGCUGCCCAAUGGGCAUCAGGCCCGGGGCUUGGAUCGGUCUCUAUCACCCGUGCUGACUACGAAGAGAAGGGCAGCGAAUACCUCAAGGAGCAUGAUCUCGGAAAUGUCACCAGCAUGUAG